CCAAGUUUUACCUGUGUAGUUUGCCUCUGGUUUUAUUGUUGGGAAUUCAGAAGAAACAAUUGAAAAAUUACCUUUUAAAUAACGCCACAAUGGCCGAGGGGGCGUCGUCGCAGAUGACGGAACAAUUGGACAACGAGGAGGUGCGGGAAAUCCUGAAAAACACUACAGAUCUGCGACAGUAUUCACGACAGAUUGAAAAAGAGUUCAAGGAAGUGGAGAAUAAGUCCAUAGAAGACUAUAUAGCGGAAUCCCAGAAUAUAGCCAAUUUGCACAAUCAAAUUAACGAUUGCGACGAUGUCUUGGAGCGAAUGGAAAAUAUGUUAAUGAGCUUCCAGAGCGUAUUGAACAACAUAAGCACUGAGAUCACCCAGUUGCAAAGAAAAUCCGUAUCCAUGUCCCUCCAAUUGACGAAUCGUCAAUCAGUCAAGGCACAGCUGUCUCAAUUUAUUGAGGACAUGGCCGUAUCCGAGGAAAUGAUCAAUAUUAUAAUGGAAACCCCUGUUACUGAGAGGGAUUUUAGCACUCAGUUAAAUGUCCUAAAUCACAAACUGUCCCUGGUCAAAGAGCUAAGUUUCAAUGAGUCCAAGUCCACUAGCGAUGUUAGCGAUGUGUUGCAGAAAUUGCGUCUUAAAGCCAUGACAAAGAUUCGUUCGUAUCUGCUGGAGCAAAUCUACAAGUUUCGAAAACCCAUGACCAACUACCAGAUACCCCAGAACGCCAUGCUAAAGCAUAAGUUUUUUUUCGAGUUCAUCCUUUCCAAUGAGCGACAGGUGGCCCAGGAGAUAUGCAGUGAAUAUAUAGAUACAAUGGGAAAGAUUUACUACAGCUAUUUUAAGAGUUAUUCCACUCGAUUGACGAGUCUCAAAUUUGAAGAAUCUUGCACAAAAGAUGACUUAAUGGGUAUAGAAGAUAAUGCAUCCAAAGGUUUAUUUUCGAAGACAACAAGUUUAAAGCACAAGAGCACGAUUUUUACAAUUGGAAAGCGAGGCGAUAUACUUAACCAACAGCUGGAGGCGCCUAUUAUAGUACCUCAUGCACAGCUUAAAAAUCGAUAUACAGUGGAAGCUCUUUUCCGUUCCGAGCAAUAUGCCUUGGUGGAUAAUGCCUGUCGGGAAUAUCUCUUCGUCACCGAAUUCUUCAUGGUCCGUGGCACCCAAGCACAAGAUUUGUUCAACCAGAUCAUGGGCAAAACCUUAACUCUAAUGAUUAAAAACUUGGAGACCUCUAUACACGACUGUUUUGACACUAUAGCUAUGUUUUUGUGCAUACAUCUCAUAUUCCGAUAUCAACUUAUGUGCCACAAGCGUUGUGUGCCUGCAUUGGAUAAAUAUUGGGACUCUCUACAAGCGGUUAUUUGGCCACGUUUAGAGUUAGUAUUUCGCUUGAAUAUACAGAGCAUACAUGACUGUGAUCCUACAAAGUUCAACAAGGAAUUGGGGCCGCACUAUAUAACCCGACGCUAUGCUGAGUUCAGUGCGGCCAUUGUGGGAAUCUCCGAACACUUUCCUAACGAGUUGGUGAGCCGAUUGCUUUUGGAACUCCAAAAUGAAGUUGAAUGUUUCAUCCUGCGGAUGGCUGCUAUAUUUCCAACGCGCAAGGAUCAGCUAAUUUACCUGAUUAAUAACUACGAUUUGGUUUUGGGAGUAUUAAUGGAACACACGCGGGAUAAUUCCAAGGAGGCAGAGGCGUUUAGAGAACAGCUGAAUGCUCGCAGUGCCGAGUAUGUGGAGGAGAUCCUGGCUCCACAUUUCGGAGGUAUUAUUCAGUUUGUAAAGGAGUGCGAACACUUUUUCGAAAAGGAACAAAUGGAUGAACUGAGAAAGCAGGAGCGGAGAAGUUUGGCUUUGGUGGCAAGUUUCUCGGCCAACUGGAAGAAAUCUCUGGAGGAGCUCAACAGGGAGGUGCUCCUCUCCUUUCCCUCAUUGCUUACGGGAUCUCAACUUCUACAGUUGGCAUUGGCCAGUUUGGUGCAAUAUUAUCACCGCUUCCACAAGCUCCUUACACCUAAUGCCCGCGCACAGCUCACCAACAUCCAUGUGGUUAUGGUUGAGAUCAAAAAGUACAAGAGUAAUUACUGAGAGUCUUUUAAUUGAUUGUAUGUUGACUUCUGUUCAUUCCAAUUUGAGUAAAGUUCCAAAAUAUUUAUA